GUUCAAUUAGGACAGCCCCCAAAAAGUUCCCACACGGGGAGGAAAAAGAAGCAAAGACAGCGGAGAGUGAGACAGAGAGGGACGCGCCGGUCAGCAGCUCCACUCAUGUUAACCCACGAGUGAAAGCAGACAUGCAUUCAGCGGGCAGGUCGUGGCUGCUGCUCACAGGCUUCAUUCUGUUUUAUAUCAUCUACCUGCUGUUCGGAGCGCUGGUUUUCUCCAGCAUCGAGCGGCCGGUGGAGGACAAGCUGCGGCACGACGUGGAAGCCCUGAAGCAGGAGUUCCUGAACCAGAGCUGCGUCAACGCCACGUCCCUGGAAAUCUUUCUGGUCCAAGUGCUCACAGCCAAGAAGUACGGCGUCUCCGUCCUCGGGAACUCCUCCCUCCCUUCAAACUGGGACCUGGCAUCCUCCAUGUUCUUCGCCAACACUCUGGUCACCACAGUCGGUUAUGGUCACACCACUCCCCUGUCUGACACCGGAAAGGCCUUCGCCAUCCUCUACGCCCUGAUAGGAGUCCCCUUCACCAUGCUGGUGCUGACCGUGUGCGUCCAGAGGCUCAUGUACCCUCUGGUUAUGGCUCCCGUCGGCGUCCUGCACCGUGUAGGCAUGGAGCCUCGUCCGGCCGCCAUCGUGCACUUCCUCCUGCUGCUGGUUCUGGUGGUGUUGUGCUUCUUCGUGGCGCCAGCGGCCGUGUUCAGCUCAGUGGAGGUGUCGUGGUCGUUGUUGGACGGGAUCUACUUCUGUUUCAUCUCGCUGUGCACCAUCGGACUGGGGGAUUUCGUUCCGGGGAUGCAGCCUGGCCAGAGGAACAGGCAGCUGUACCAGGUCGCUGUCAUGGUCUACCUCUUCGUGGGUCUGAUGAUGAUGUACCUCUUGCUGCGCACCUUCCACAAAAUGGCCGACCUGCACGGCCUGACCACCUUCCUGCAGCUGCCGCGCUGCGAGGAGUCCGACGCGGACGACGACAGGGAACCCAUGGUGGAUAACGGACACGGAGAUCAGACGCCUCCUUGCGUGAAGCCCCUAGAGCCGGGAUCACAGCCCUCGUACAACACCAUCAACAAAGGCUGAGCUGUGCAGAGGCAGAGGAAGCAAACGGGAGCUCUACCUCUGGUGACCUCUUGGUCCUGAAGCGGUGAUAAAACCCCCAGACUGGUGGGCUGAAUCUGAAUUCUUGUCUUCGUUUUCUCAUUUUGUCCGCUCUUGUCUCCUUGCUGAAGACAAGCGGAGGAGCGAGCAUCUUAACAGUGAGGAAUCGAGAUGAGACUUAAGAUUCAGCCUUUACGAGAGGAACACCAAAGGACUAUUCCAAUGUGACUACGGCAACCCGCCUGGGCUAAAAAGGCACAGAUGUUCCUUUUGCUCCUCCACGCUGGUGUGGCUGUGGUGCGUUCACCUGCUGCACGGGCUUGACUGGUGUGUUCAUGGUCUCAGGAUAGCACAGACUUAUAGUUGAUUGUUUUCGGAUCACUUUUGUUAUGUGUUUGCAUAUUUUGUUUUGUUGUUUUUUUGGUUUUGGUCACUUUGCUUUUUGUGCCACAGGUUUGGGUUGCUAACUGAGGACUAACAUACAUUUUAUUUAACUGUGCUGAAACUAAAUCUUGGUGCCAAACACAGCCUGUUCAUUCACUUCAUGUCAACUUUACAAUCUUUCACACCUUUAAGCACAUUUGUUUUUAUUCUCCUUCUCUUUCACAUCGUGGCCAAAACUCAGACCCAGACCAUCCUGUCAUAUCUGAAGCCAGAUUUGGCCUUUACUUGCCUUUGCUUCACUUUAAUGCCUCUUCACAAGCAUGAAUGAUCACAAGUGCAGUGAAAUGACGAGUCUCAAUCAUCACUUCCUCAAAUAAAAGUCAAACGAGGGCCUACGCUGAAUAUUUAAAACACUGGGGACGUGUUAAUCAGACCUGCUGUGUGAAAGCACUAACUUUGCUGUUCCUGGGUCAGCUGUGAAACAUGCAGAGUAGCUCUGUGUUUGCCUCAGGAUGUGGCCUGACCUCCUUCCUGGUGCUUCCCCCUGGUGUCUACAAGCCUGUAGUGCAGCAUGUUUUUACACCUCCAGACAGUCAGAAAUAAGGUCAAAGGGUUGGACUAGAGGGACCCAGUGGAAAGAAAAAAAAAAUUAAAUUAAAAAAGUGUUUUCAUUGUGGUGACUGAGACUUGGUUCGUAUCAGUGGGAAAACUAUUAGAACCUGUUCUGUGUGAUUUAGUGUCACAAAUGGUGUUUGAUCCACCAUAAUGAACAUAUCAAAUGCACUCUCACUUUAAUGUUCACAUCGGUUGGUUUCCUUUUACCCUCAAAGCUGUGGUUGAAUGAACAGGCUCACUGUGUCCUAAUACUGUAAAAUAAGUUCUGUGUGUGUUGUUGUCAUUCAGUAAUAUCGGUUUUUCACACUGGACAACCAUAAAUUAAACAAAAAAAAAGGAAAAA